AUGAAAAAUCUAUCCAUCUUUAUAUUUGCUUUUGCCCUUUGCAUGAUCAUUAGCGAUGUUGAAGGGAGAAGGACAACAAUCUUGAUCAGGAACGGGCUUGCAUACAAGAAAUGGCUCAAGGUACAUUGUGCAUCUGGGGACGACGAUAUGGGAGUUCAUUAUCUGAAGCCUGGAUCACCAAAAGAUUACGACUUCAGUUUCGAUGAUAGCAUAAUGAGAAACACGCUUUUCUGGUGUACGCUAAGCAAAGGACCUGAUUAUAAAGUCUCCAAGAGGUUUGACGCCUACGUACAGAACAGCGGAAAGCCUCACGGAGGCUCGUAUAAUUACGUAGCUAAAGAUGAUGGCAUCUAUCACAGUAAUUUGGUCGAGUUUAAACUUACCAAAGUGUAUUCUUGGAACUAG